AUGUCUUUAUUCCUAAAAGUUCUGAUUACAAGCUCCAUAGAAUUUUCUAUUGCGGCCAGAAGAAGCGGAACCUUCUUAAAUUUGAUGAGCAUAGCCCUGCCUGAUUGUUACCUUCUUGUCACAGUAGGACCUUUUCCUGGAAGCGAUAAUGAUGCAAAGAUUACAAAAGCCAUCAUGGAAGUAUCUCAUGUGACCUUUGUGUGUAUUCCUAUGACGCUUGCCCAGAAAAUAUACCCGUUGUGGAUAUAUGGAGAGACUCUUUGUAAACUGACGCCAUACCUCCAAGGUGUGUCCGUUACUGCCAGUACCCUCACCAUUACCACCAUGAGUAUCGACCGGUGUCUAGCCAUUAGACACCCGAUGAAAUUCCGUAACGUCCGUACAACCAAGUAUGUUCGCAUCGUCAUCAUCUUCAUUUGGUGUGUGUCCUUCCUGUUGUCCGUCCCCAUAUUGUUCGUCCGCAUAACGGUGUCUCACGAGAUUAUACUCGGAAACGUGAUGACGUAUUGUAUGGAGGAAUGGGUCAACAUAACAAACAGACAGGUUUAUGACGUAACAUUACUUUUUAUUAUAUGUAUUAUUCCCGGAACCACGAUCCUUGUAGCAUAUCUUCUCAUGGGGAAGCGUCUGUGGGUCCCAGACCGGAAGUUAAGUGAUGACACCCGGAAGUCCAGGGGUAAAAGGACAGACAGCGAACGAGAGAGGAGUUUACGAAAUAUAACAAGGAACCGACGGCGCUUGGCCAAAUUGUGUAUCACCAUAGCCAUAGUGUUUAUCGCGUGCUGGACACCGUACUUCGUGGUCAACACCUACCUAGACUUUAGCAUGGACGUGCGUGCGGCUGAACGCCUCAGUCCAUAUAUGUUAUUGAUAGGACACGUGCAUUGUGUCACGAAUCCAAUUCUCUACUGCUUUUUACACAAAUCGUUCAGACAUUACGUCAUGAGGUGUAUACUUAGAAGUGUAAAGAAGGAACCGUACAAAGCUGGGUUCGGACAGGGCUAUCUCACAUUCAACAAAUCGACACCUUUCCGGUCGUUCCAUAGAAGUUCUGUCAGAUCAGCCAGUAUCCGAUCGAGAAGACGAUCCUCCUCGUCUUCCGGAAAUAACUCUCCGCGGUUUGAAGGUAUGAAUGGUAGUCCAGUGGCAAAGCAGACUCUACCACAAACGUUUGAUUACAGACGGUCUGUGAUUGCCGAGAUAAACGAAAGCAGUGGAAAUGAUGGCGAUAUAAAUCAACGAAUUAUUAACUUUUCGAAACAUUCCCAACGAAAGAACCGUAAAAACAGGAUUCCCGACAUUGAUCUAUGUUAA